AUAAUAUAUUUAACCAUUAACCAUGGUAUCUACAAUCUGCAAUUCACAAGUAGGUUCUGCUUUGCGUUUAUCAUAUAUUUAAACAACAAACAGUAUCCAAGAUCUUACCCUGGUUUGUUUAAAUAAUAUUAAAUUUUGUUUCAUUUUGAAAGAAUUAUGAUUAAUCACACGAACAACAGCUUUGAACAGUUUAAAUUGCAUGCAAAAAGCUACUAACUAUUCCAUUAGUGCUUAUUCUGUAGGUGGUCAUUGGCUUCCAAAGCUUGUGUUUACAUUGUAAUUUCUUAGUAAUUUACCCGUCUGUGCAACAAACAGUUUUGCAUUUUCAAAAAGCUUAACUAUGCCGACAUGGAACCAAAUUCAAAGUCAAUUAAGAAACCCACAGAAUCCUGUUGUGUUCUUUGAUAUAUCUGUUGGAAGAACAGAAAUCGGUAGAUUAAUAAUGGAACUGUAUGCUGACAUUGUGCCUAAAACCAGUGAAAAUUUUCGUCAAUUUUGUACUGGUGAACACAAAAAAGAUGGAAUACCGUUCGGUUAUAAAGGAUGUUGUUUUCACAGGAUAAUUAAAGAUUUCAUGAUACAAGGUGGUGAUUUUGUAAAUGGUGAUGGUACUGGGGUUAUGAGUAUAUAUGGAGCAGAUACAUUCUCAGAUGAAAAUUUUAAACUUAACCAUGAUGCACCUGGACUUUUAUCCAUGGCAAACAGUGGUAUUGAUACCAACGGGUGUCAGUUUUUUAUAACUUGUGCAAACUGCAACUUUUUGGAUGGAAAACAUGUGGUAUUCGGUCGUGUCAUUGAUGGGUUGUUGGUAAUGAGAAAAAUUGAAAAUGUUCCUACUGGUCCCAAUAACAAGCCAAAAAUACCUAUUGUUAUUUCCCAAUGUGGACAGUUAUAAAAGCUUUGAGUUGUACUAUUUUUAUACAAACUUUAUGUCAUUCAUUUGUAUGCAAACAUAUUAAAAAAAUAUAUAUUGUGAGCAAUAUGGUAAAUAUUUUUGUUAAGUAUUAUAACCUUAAUAUUAACGAG